CUUUUUCUUUCUUAAUAAACAUAACCCCCCCCAACACAUUUUUCUUAGAAGCCCUUCGCAGCAGCCGUCGUCUUCAUCUCCAUCAUCUCCGUCGCCAGACAAUUCCAUCCAGCCACCAUGAGGCCCCUUCAGGUCCUGCUGCUGUGUAUCCUGGGAGCUGCACUGCUCGCCCCAGUGCUCUGCAACAACGCCCUGGGUCCUGAUGACUGCUGCUUCAAUUUCUACUCAAGACGAGUGAAGAAAACUCUGAUCAAAUCAUACUACAUGACUGACUCCAGGUGUUCGAAGAUGGGCGUCAUUUUAGUGACACAGAAGUCUCGUCACAUCUGUGUGGAUCCAGAUGUCCAGUGGGUUCAGGGCAUCAUGAAAUUUUUGGAUGAAAAAAAUUUUUAAACCAGCUGCCGGUCUGAAAAUAAAAAAAAAAGUCUUCCUGUCUGUUGCUGAAUUAAAUCAAAAUGAUAUCCCUAUUAAUAUGCAAACCUGCCAUGACUGAACCAGACUUCUGUUUGUGCACUUUGUUUUGAAAGCUUUGUACUAUCCACAAUUAUCAUAAAGAAUAAACAUUUUACAU